UGUGCCAUCAAGAACGUGGAACAACAACCGACGCAUCCCCGAAAAAUGGAGAACGACUUGAAGUACAUGAGGUUUUUGGACUAUUUCUCCUUGGAAGGGAAAUUCGAUGAGCUCGUCGGAAUCGCGCUCUUCGGCCUAGGCCGGGCUGGAACCAUACAACUCCAGAAUCUCUUGUCUUGCGUUCGUUCUCAAGUGUGUUACGUCGUUGAAGAGUCGCAAGAAAGACUGCGAGUUGUGGAGGAUAAGUACAAGCACAAAAUUCCCAAUGCAAAAUUCGUGAGAGUGACUCACAUUUCGAGUCUAUUGAAGGAUCCCAGCGUUCGAGCUGUUAUUGUUUGCACCCCUACUUUCUCGCACAAGGACAUUGUAUGCAAAGCCUUGGCUGCCGGGAAACAUGUCUUCUGUGAGAAACCGGUUGCAGAGACGAAUGAGGAUGUUCGAGAAUGUUACAAUACCGCGAAGGCCCACAACGUGAAAUUAUUCUGUGCCUUCAACAGAAGAUAUGAUCCCGGCUUGAGGAGUAUCAAGAAUAAGGUGCUCAAAGGCGAACUCGGUGACGUCUAUCUGAUUAAAACGACGAGCAGAGAUUCUCCUAUUCCAAGCAUCGAGUAUCUACGCUCGUCUGGAGGGAUUUUCCAUGACUGUGCAGUUCAUGACAUCGACGCCGUCUGCUGGCUGAUGGGGGAGAAACCAAUACGGGUCCAAGUGUUCGGGUCGUUGCUCUCCCCGCCUCUGAAAGAACUCGAGGGUCGCGAUUUCGAUACGGUCACAAUAAGUUUCCAAUUCGCGUCGGGAAAACUGGCCCUGAUUGAUCUGAGCAGGAACGCCUGCUAUGGAUACGAUCAGCGUUGUGAGGUGUUCGGUAGCAAGGGUAUGUUGGAGAACCUGAAUAAUCGACCCAAUGGUAUUCAGCAGCAGACUUACAAUGCUACGAAGCAGGAUCCGAUUCUUUACUCAUUCCCUUCGAGAUACCAAGAAUCCUAUCAAAUUGAAUUGCAAUAUUUCCUGGAUCUAGUGGUGGGUAACGCCAAAGAAGAAGUUCUCCAAGAGGAUGUUCUCGCUGUGACAAGGAUUGCUUCUGCCUGCGAGAAAUCCGCUAAAGAGGGGAUCGUAGUCAAUUUGGAUUGGUAGAAACGCUCUCAUGCGGCGCUCGUCAGGUCAACAACAUACCUCAGUAACACCGUAGAUUCUGUGGACCUACAUAUAUUUUCCCGUCAUUCUCCACAUUAGAAUAGCAUGCGGAGCACGGUCAUACUGAUGAUGGAUCAAGCGAGAAUCAACGUUAUUCAUUCUGAGUGUCUUCGGGUGCGAAACCAGGCCCAAAUUAAGGGUAGGAGAAU